AUGAAAAAGUUGAUGAAAAUGUGUGCAACAGUAUAAACUUUUACUUUUUACUUCUAUCUUAGGUAACACGUUCCCCAAAGUGUCGGAGAAGCUAAAUCAGGCAGCCCUUCCUAUUAUUGACUUCCAGACCUGCAGUAAACCUGCUUACUGGUGGGAGUCUGUCAGACCCUCCAUGAUCUGUGCGGGUUAUGAGUCCCCAGAUGAGCUCAAGUCAGCCUGUCAGGGUGACUCUGGGGGUCCUUUUGCCUGCAAGGCCGCUGGAGCAGACACAAACUGGGAGGUCCACGGCAUCGUCAGCUUUGGCCCUCAGGGCUGCAUCAGAGACAAGAAACCCUCAGUGUUCACCCGAGUCGCUGCCUUCAGCGACUGGAUCGACCACAACAUCAAGAAGUUUAUUUAUGAAAGUGGCAAAAGCAACUAGUUUGUUGUUCUGUGGUUUUUUUGUUUUCAUUCUGCUGAGCCAAGUCACUGUAGCUUUUUAUUCAGGAUUCAUCAUUACGUAUAGCAGCUAAUAAGAGCUGAAGUAUUAUGCUGACAUUGUGAAAGCACCUCACCUAAAGAUUGUAAGAAAACAUUAACUUUAAAGUAUCAAAUGUUUCAACUUUUCUUUCAGUAUUGUACUUAAUAUUUUAUGCAGUUACAGUAAAGACAAUUAUUCAUUAAGUUAGAGAAACGUUGUACUAAACAUUUUAAGUAAAUAAAUAAGUCGUCUAAUUCUACUAUUUUUCUAUGAAGGUAGAGAGCUGGGGCUCUGUAAUGGAGCAAGGAGUAAAACUGUAAAACUGAUUGAAACUACAAACUUCAUGCUCUGUUUUUCAAUUAAACUCUUUAGCUGUGCUUUCCUGUAAUUGAGAUGUUUGACUGUAGAUUUGUUGUUGUUAUAUGGGAUUAAAUUACAAUGCAAAAACAAUGCAACAAUAAACAAA